AUGACAAAGGAAUGCUCAACCUAUCAGCUACAGAGGACAUAUUCCGGCGAUCAAUCGGAGGCAAUCGAAGAUGUGAAUGAAGGAUCGGCAUCCUCCAAAGAUCUGGAGAAAGAUUCCAAAGAAACAGAAAAGGGAUCUUCGGUCAAACCGCUGCUAUCUGCGACAGAGAAUGGUAUAGCGAGCACUGGCUCUGGCCAUCAGGAUUCGAUCGGAGAUCGGACGGCACCGCAAGAUGUGAUUGAAGAAUCUUCGGAGGAUGGGUCAGGGCAGGACGAAGGAUCGACACCGGGUCACGGCUCAGAGAAUGGAAUACCGCCGACUUCUUCCGGCGGCGCUCCACCGCUUUCCGGCGAGAGUGUUCCUAGUGUGAAAGACUCGACAGCACGGGCUCUCCUCUUUCGUGAUUCUGUAAGAUCCCGAACCCCAAGACCCGACGCCGGCGAGAGGAAAGAAAUGUCGACGCCACCGCUCUCAGCGAAUGGGUCAGCGAUUAAAGCGUCGCAGGCACCACAAGUUGCAGAUUCUACACAGGAGAAUGGUCAAGGCGAGAAAGACGGCUCAAAGCGGUCAGCGACAACUGGUUCUAGCCAUCAGGAUCAAGGCAAUACGAGGGAAGGCUCGCAGGCACACUCAGCGAAUGUAUCAGCCAGCCAGAACGGUCCACCUCCUCCAAGAACCCAACUCAACCCCAAGGGUCAAGGCAACAAGGUCAAAGGCGGCUUAAAGUGGUCACGUCACGAUUUGAGGGCACCACCAGAUGAUCAUGAUCUGGAGAUGGGUUAUGGCUCAAGUCCGGAGCUUGCUACCGAUCCGGAAGGAGUACAAAAUACAUACACAAGGUUGGUUCGAAUGCCCGCAGCCAGAAUUGCUGCUCUUUUUGCAGAGCUUUACCACGCUCUCAGGUUGUGGAUCCUUGGCCUCAGAGCAGGGGACGAGGUCGCGCCAGCUGCUCCCCAAGAAGUAUACAUAAGGGGCUCAUACUCCUCCGAGGUUCAUGACCUUCUAAUGCCCGCAGCUGCAAUCAUGGGCAUUUUUGCACAGAUUGGCCAAGCUCUCAGGUUGUUAAUCCUUAGCCUCAAAGCAGGGGACGCGGCCACGUCAGCUGCAGCCAGAAAGGACCUUGACCGUCUCGGUGACAUCUACUCUGACUCGGUGUGGCUUUAUGGAUUCCUGGGCUACUUGUAUCUGUAUGCGAGAAUUGGUGUUACCAUGCUACCACGAGGCAGGAGGUGGCGUUUUGUCCAAUGGCCGCAGACGAAUUUAUCUCGAUACCCUGUGGUUUCUAUGCUCUGUGGGCUAUGA